GUACCAUCGUCUCCUCUCCUCGUCCUCUCUACAGACUUCAUUUGUCGUGUCGUCUGAAAACCAGGACAUGGAACUAUAUAAUUAUAAAGGAAAACAGCAAACUGCAAAUAUCCUCCUGGGUAGUCUGGUGCUGUUUUUACUUCCUGUACUUUGUCCAGCUGAGAAACUCUGUACAGUUUCUCCUGACCCUGUAUCUAUAAAAGAGAACAGCACUGUGGACGUUCUAGUAGCCAGAAUCACCUGUAGUGAUGAUGUUCAGCUGACCAUCACGGAGAACCCUGUGGAGGCUUUCUACCUGCGGGGGACGGACCUCAUCGCCAAGAGAGGACUGGACUUUGAGUCUCUGCCCCGUGUGGAUGAUGCUCUGUGGGUCCGGGUGCGCUGCAACAGAACUGGCUCCAGAUCAGUGAACGUGUCUGUUGAAGUUUUCAUUGAAAAUGUGAACGAUAAUCCUCCAAACUUCGCUCAGAGUCAUUACCUUCUCCAGGUGAACGAGCUGACUCCUGUGAACACUAGUGUUGGUCGGAUAGAGGCCACAGACAUUGACUCUGAGCCCCUGUACUAUCGUUUAGAGUCAGCCACGAACAGGUAUCUACGACUGGAGAAUGCCAACACCCCCAACAUACUGGUACAAAACAUCAUCGACUACGACUCCGUCCAAAAGAUCUCCCUGGUCUUACAUGUACAGGAUACGUAUAACGUUUCUGAGUCCGGCGAGCCUUCGUUCACUGCCGUGGUGACCAUCACGGUUAACGUGAAGGACGUUGACAACCGUCCACCGUGGUUCCAGCCCUGUGUCAGAACCAACCUGGGGAUAGCCAAACUGUGUGUCAGCUCCGGCUACAGGGCAAAGGUCAACCUCACAGAGAAGGAGGACGGUGCUUUAUCUCUGGAGCCUGGUCCGUUAUACGCCAAGGAUGGAGACAGAAACAGGAGUGAGAUCAUCAACUACAGGAUACUUAGAGGGAAUGAAGGCAGCAUCUUCCAGAUCGAUGAGGAGACGGGGAACAUCUCCAUGGCCAAAGCGGCAGACAUAGCAGGCCCAAUAACCCUCACUGUCCUGGCCUCCCAGGUUACCAACAGGGACCAGUUUGCGGUGACUCAGGUCACCAUCGAGGUGCUGAGGAAGAGCAGGAACCCUCCGCGGUUUGAGAAGGAGCGUUAUGAAGGUUACAUCUACAGUAACUCAGUUCCAGAGACCAUGAUCCUACGAGACAGAACCUCCAACAGACCCUUCAGGGUCAGGGCCAGAGACGAGGACUUUGCCACCGGUGUAAACCCAGACAUGAGAUAUGAGGUGCAGUACAGCAGUUAUGUCAACGUGACAAACGAAGGGUUUGUUCUUCUCAAGAGGAUUGUGAAGACAGAGUCCUUCGCUCUGCAGAUUCGUGCUAUGGACCUGUCUACAGGGGAGUUUGGUACAGCGGCCCUCUCUGUCCUGGUUAUACCAGCUGUGGCGGUUCCUUUGCCCUCGGGGGCAGGGUACCGGGCGGGGGACAUGGCUCUUCUGGGAUUGGUCAUGGCAGCCAUCUUGGUUCUCUGCUUCAUCGUGAUUGGCUUCCUGAUCUCCCGCCUGAAGAAAGGAGGCGCCAACCUGGAUAAGAUAACUGAGUGUCUGGCUCCAUGUCUGAAGAUGACAAGGCCCCAAGGGAGACCCAAAGACACCCUGCAGUACACCAAUGAUGGCUACCAGGGUACCGAGGGUGAUGCCUUGCGCUGCAGACCCAGACACCCAGAGCCGGUAGACAAGAGGGGCCGAGGUGCUACUGUACCUGGGGACAGAGGCAGAGCCAUCCCCCUGGAGCGACGCCGGAGCGACCGCCACUGUGGCUUCUGCGGCCUGUACGCCAACCACCACGCCAAGCCCGGCCCGGCCUGCAGCCCUGCUAUGGGGGGUGGGAGAGGAGAAGGAGGAGACAAGGACGGGGUGAGGUCCAUCCUCGCCAAGGGGGAAGGAAGGAAGGAGGGAAGUCAGUGUGGUUUAAGGAGAACGAGGAUGCGUCUGGGAUCGAGGUGGAGAUCAUCCCGGAUACUCUGGGUCAGGAGGAGGAGACUGAGGAGGAGGUGUUGGACAUGGAGGAGGUGGAGGAGGGAGACAGGAGCAUGUCUAGUCAGACAGAGAUCGAUGGUGGGCAUGGGGACCAGGAGAGCCAUGGAGAGUCUGAUUCAGCUGCUAAAGAGGAAAAAGAGAAGGAGGGUUGAGAGGAUAUCUGGGUUAAAUUCAAUAGGGAGAGGAUAUCUGGGUUAUAGGAGAGGAUAUCUGGGUUAAAUUCAAUAGGGAGAGGAUAUCUGGGUUAUAGUCUAUAGGCAGGAGGAUAUCUGGGUUAUAUUCUAUAGGGAGAGGAUAUCUGGGUUAUAGUCUAUAGGGAGAGGAUAUCUGGGUUAAAUUCAAUAGGGAGAGGAUAUCUGGGUUAUAGUCUAUAAGGAGAGGAUAUCUGGGUUAUAUUCUAUAGGGAAAGGAUAUCUGGGUUACAUUCUAUAGGGAGAGGAUAUCUGGGUUAUAGUCUAUAGGGAAAGGAUAUCUGGGUUAUAUUCUAUAGGGAGAGGAUAUCUGGGUUAUAGUCUAUACGGAGAGGAUAUCUGGGUUACAUUCUAUAGGGAGAGGAUAUCUGGGUUAUAGUCUAUAGGGAAAGGAUAUCUGGGUUAUAUUCUAUAGGGAGAGGAUAUCUGGGUUAUAGUCUAUACGGAGAGGAUAUCUGGGUUACAUUCUAUAGGGAGAGGAUAUCUGGGUUAUAGUCUAUAGGGAAAGGAUAUCUGGGUUAUAUUCUAUAGGGAGAGGAUAUCUGGGUUAUAGUCUAUACGGAGAGGAUAUCUGGGUUACAUUCUAUAGGGAGAGGAUAUCUGGGUUAUAGUCUAUAGGGAAAGGAUAUCUGGGUUAUAUUCUAUAGGGAGAGGAUAUCUGGGUUACAUUCUAUAGGGAGAGGCUAUCUGGGUUAUAUUCAAUAGGGAGAGGAUAUCUGGGUUAUAGUCUAUAGGGAGAGGAUAUCUGGGUUAUAUUCUAUAGGGAGAGGAUAUAUGGGUUAUAGUCUAUAGGCAGGAGGAUAUCUGGGUUAUAUUCUAUAGGGAGAGGAUAUCUGGGUUAUAGUCUAUAGGGAGAUGAUAUCUGGGUUAUAUUCUAUAGGGAGAGGAUAUCUGGGUUAUAUUCUAUAGGGAGAGGAUAUCUGGGUUAUAGUCUAUAGGGAGAGGAUAUCUGGGUUAUAUUCAAUAGGGAGAUUAUAUCUGGGUUAUAUUCUAUAGGGAGAGGAUAUCUGGGUUAUAUUCUAUAGGGAGAGGAUAUCUGGGUUAUAUUCAAUAGGGAGAGGAUAUCUGGGUUAUAUUCAAUAGGGAGAUUAUAUCUGGGUUAUAUUCUAUAGGGAGAGGAUAUCUGGGUUAUAUUCUAUAAGGAGAGGAUAUCUGGGUUAUAGUCUAUAGGGAGAUUAUAUCUGGGUUAUAUUCUAUAGGGAGAGGAUAUCUGGGUUAUAUUCUAUAGGGAGAGGAUAUCUGGGUUAUAUUCAAUAGGGAGAGGAUAUCUGGGUUAUAUUCAAUAGGGAGAUUAUAUCUGGGUUAUAUUCUAUAGGGAGAGGAUAUCUGGGUUAUAUUCUAUAAGGAGAGGAUAUCUGGGUUAUAGUCUAUAGGGAGAGGAUUUCUGGGUUACAUUCUAUGGGGAGAGGAUAUCUGGGUUAUAUUCUUCAGGGAGAUGAUAUCUGGGUUAUAGUCUAUAGGGAGAGGAUAUCUGUGUUAAAGGCACAAAACAGAAGAAAACAGAGUAAAACAUGAAGGUGUCUGAAGAUGUCCAGUACGAACAGACCGCUCUAAAGAACAUACCCCAGCCGUAAGAGAAAUGGAGAUAUUCCUUUCAUAUGGGAAA